AUGUUUGGUCUUAGUACCACAGAUCAGCAGCCAAAAUUUGACGAUGACGACGUCUAUCCGGCAAUGUUACUAGACGAUACGAAAGCCCAGCGCGACAUGGUUCUGCACUGGACAUUUCACUUCAACGAUGUACUCGAUACUGAGAAGCUACGUACUUCACUAGCGACGCUGAUUGACAUUGGAGAUUGGAGAAAAUUGGGCGGUCGCUAUAAGAUCAAUGCCCAAGGCAGGGCCGAGUUUCAUGUUCCCAAGGCAUUCACAGAAGCGCGACCGCCUUUUCAAUAUUCGCAACGAGAUUUCGACAUGAACAUCGAAGAUCAUCCAAUAGGUCAAAAACUGCCCAGGGCAGGGGAGCAGCCCAGCGUUCAUCCAGGAGACCAUGAGCUCAAAAUUCUCGUUACAGCGCCUGGUAAUCCUGUCAAUGGCUGGGAUCUCCUCGUGGGUGAUAAACCACAAAUGGCAUUAAACAUUGUGUCUUUCAAGAACACGACCCUUGUUACUCUGGUAUUCUCACAUAUGCUCAUGGACGCUGGCGGGCUACAAGCUUUGCUACAAAAUUGGUCACGGGUGAUUGCAGGGCGCGAGGCGGAUGUCUCGCCCGUUUUCGGUGCGCAACAGGAUGUUACCCACAAGAUAGCAGAAAGCCACAUAGAAGAUCACUCCGAGUUCUUUGUUCAAGAGAGAUUUGAAAUCGCUCCCAAACGCAUCAAAGGGUUCAAAAUGUUCCUCUUUGUGCUGCGCUUCCUUUGGGAGUUGCUGUGGUACGAAAAAGCCGAAUCCCGCGCUAUAUUUCUACCCAAGUCAGCCAUUUCCCAAUUACGACGCGAGGCUUUGGAGGACUUAACCACUGGAGAUGGAUUUGAUCACGAUGAGAAACCGUUCAUCAGCGAAGGAGAUGUCUUAUCAGCAUGGACAGCAAAGACAGUUGCGUCAUCCGAUCCUCGUCAACUUCCAGUUUCAAUCCUCAACGCGGUCAAUCUCCGGUAUCGAUUCGAUUCAAUAAAGCACUCAACUGGAGUAUAUCUCCAGAACCUAUCACUUUGCCAAUUUACAUUUGCUUCUCCUUCCAUGGUCAGAGGUCCACUUGGUCCUAUCGCCCUAGAGAACCGCAAGCAUUUGACACAGCAAACAACCAAACCACAGAUACGCGCUUAUCUGAAGAGCGCGAUUGCUGAGAGUCAAAAUGGUUUAGAUGCUAUUCUCUUUGGCGAAUCAAAUAUGCUUCUGAUCAUCGUCACGAACUGGACAAAGGCGGAGUUGACGCAAGCUGCUGACUUUAGUGCGGCUGUGCUUCGAGAGGGAGAUGGGAGUCUAGCGAGGAAGAACGCAAGAGGCUACAUGACCCAGAUUUAUGUCUCGUCUGCAAAGGAGAGCUUCAUGUCCAAGAAUGUCAUGAUUGUAAAGGGAAAGGAUCAUGGAGGGAAUUAUUGGCUUGAUGGGUGUUUUCUUCCAAAGGCGUGGGCCAAAUUUGAGGAUGAAAUAGCGAGGUUGACAACCGGAUCCUGA